GGGACAAUGAUGGAGAGGGGCCCCGAGAGGCCCCUAAUGAUGAUGAAAUUAUAUGAAAUUAUGUGUUGGGGGCCCUGUAAAGAUUAUUUUCAUGGGGCCCAAAAUCCCUAGCGGCGCCCCUGCAACACCGGCAUGGUACAAGAAGAAUCGGAAUCGAGAAUCGUCAGGAAUCGGAAUCAAAACAAAGAAUAGGAAUCGUUCGAAUUCAAACGAUACCCAACCCUAUCAGGGGGUACUUAAAUUAAAAAAAAUUCACAGGUGGUACAUCACUGAAAAGAGGUUGAGAACCACUGCACUAAGCCACUGAGUAGGUGAUUAGGGUCCCUAAUAAAAGAAAUACUGGCCCCCAGACCAGGGGCGUCGCCAGACAUAUUUCACUGGGGCACGUGCCCCACUGUUGAUCUGCAGUGCCCCAGUAAAAAUUUCACCAAUAAAAAAAGACGCUUCAGAGUUUUAAGUCUACAUAACAUAGACAACAGCGCACAUACUACUUAGUAUGGUAAUUGAUUGCUACUGUAUUCACUCCACGAAACAGUGAGCACAUGGCUACUUAAUAUGGUAAUUUAUUCAGGUGUGGAUCGAGACUUCAGUUGAGAGAGAGAAGAGAGAGAGAGAGGGGGGAUUCGAAUCACUGCGUGAGAUAGAUUCAAGAAAGUUAUUCGCCUGCAGCAGAGAAAAGCGAGGAAUGAGAGAUCGAUCAAAGGGACAAGCAUCCAAAGUGCAAAAUGGUUCGCUUCAUCAGAAAGAGACUGUCCAUGACAAUGACUUUGAGCCAUACCUCACUAGUCAAUCAACUCAGAACAACAGCUACCAGUCUAUCACCGAUCCUUACCUUUCCAGUUACUACGCUCCCUCCAUCGGCUUUCCUUACCCCCUCAGUGAGGCUCCUUGGUCCACAGGUGGGGACCCUCCAAUUCCAUACCUCACCCCUUACGGACCCUUGAGUAAUGGAGACCAUCACUUCUUGCCGGACACAGUGUUUGGCCAGCCGGGUGGCCUUGGAAGCAGCAUUUACCCUCACAGGUUUAAUUUUUUUCCCGAAAACCCCGCCUUCUCUGCUUGGGGCACGAGUGGCUCUCAGGGCCAGCAGACUCAAAGUUCAGCAUAUGGUGGCAGCUAUAGCUAUCCCCCUAGCUCUCUCGGGGGCACCCUGGUGCCCGAUGGUCAGACUGGCUUUCACAGUGACACACUCAACAAAGCCCCUGGUAUGAACAGCCUGGAGCAGGGCAUGGUUGGUUUGAAGAUUGGAGGGGAUGUCACUGGACCGGGGUCAGGAGUCAAGGCUGUAGGGUCAGUGAUUGGUGGGCCAACUGUGGCAGCCACAGGGAAUGGGGCCACAGCCAUUGGAAUGCCCCUGCCCAAACCCACCUCUUGGGCUGCGAUUGCCAGCAAGCCUGCCAAGCCACAGCAACUGAAAGCUAAGGUAAAGCCAGGGUUGGUCAGUCCUGGGGGAGCUUUUCCUCCACCCCCAAUCAAACACAACAUGAACAUUGGCACCUGGGAAAAGGGUCCUGUAACUAAAGUUCCCACGGCCCCAAUGCAGCAGCAGCAGCCUCUUGGUCUGCCUCACACCAUGCAACAUCAAGCCCCCAUGCAGCAGGGACCCAUGCAACCUCCCCCUCCUCAGUCUUUGGUGCAUCCUCAGAUGCAACCCAUGACCUUACAGCACCAGCCCCUCCAUCACCAGCAUCAUCAGUCACCUCCUCAGCCCUACCAAAACCACACCCAGCCACCACAACCCCAGACCCGAUGGGUGGCCCCACGAAACCGCAACCAAGGCUAUGGGCAGGGAAUCUUUAACCACGACGGUAGUGGGAUAAUGGGUAUGGUUGGUAGCGGAAAUUGUGGACCCCAAGCCUGUGCCAGCCAGGGACCUGGCGGGGAGUCACAUCCAGUGCUGGAGAAGCUUUGUGCCUCCCACAGCUAUAACCCCAAGGACUUUGAGUGGAACCCAAAGAAUGGACGCGUUUUCAUCAUCAAGAGUUAUUCUGAGGACGACAUCCAUCGCUCCAUCAAGUACUCCAUCUGGUGCAGCACAGAGCACGGCAACAAGCGACUGGACUCAGCCUUCCGAGCAAUGAAUGGCAAAGGCCCUGUGUACUUGCUGUUCAGUGUCAAUGGCAGCGGUCAUUUUUGUGGCGUGGCGGAAAUGCGUUCACCAGUGGACUACGGCACCAGUGCUGGUGUUUGGGCACAGGACAAGUGGAAGGGCAAGUUUGACGUUGACUGGUUGUUCGUUAAGGAUGUGCCUAAUAGCCAGCUGCGCCAUAUUCGCCUGGAGAACAACGACAACAAGCCGGUGACUAACUCCCGUGACACCCAGGAAGUUCCGCUGGAGAAGGCCAAGCAGGUGCUCAAGAUCAUCGCCACGUACAAACACACCACAUCCAUCUUUGAUGACUUUUGUCACUAUGAAAAGAGGCAGGAAGAAGAAGAGGAGGUGCGCAAGACUUUUGAACCUACACCGAUACAGAGUCGCUCUCGGUUGGAUCAGGAACGUCAAAACAGGAGUAAACAAUAGAGGACAUUUAUCUCUGGCGUGAUCAAGUUACACUAGGACUCGAUUGAUUUAAGAGACAGAAGAAUAUGAAAUGCAAACAAGCUCUUUGUUUUUUAAAAGUCUAUUCCGGGAAUUACCUGCCAUCAGUGGGUUUGUGUUUUUUUUUUUUAAUUUUUUUUUUACCCUUGUUCCUGCCCUGCCCCACCACUUGACACUUAUGUGUUGUUGCAGGGGUUUACCAGCUGCUUCAAGUAAUAUUAAUUCCCACCACCCACUUUAAAAUACAUGUUUUAACAUUUGUCUUACACUUUUCACCAUCCAGUCCUGCUCUCGUCUUCUCAACUGAAUCAGGGUUUGACUGCAUCAUGGAGAAAAACAUCUGCCACUUUAUAUUUCAGUACAAUCAAGAAUGGCCAUGUCCUAUCCCUAUUUGUCCACGUGGGGGCAGCAUUGCCAAGUUUUAGAGUUUUAACUGUGCCAAACAGGGUUGGAGCAUCCCAAAGGCAAUGUACAACUUGGAACUGAACGAAAAUAAAACUUCAAUGAUUUAUCUACUUUUCA